AUGGCAGCCAAAUCGCCCAAGGACAAUGUCGGCCUCGACUUUCAGUUCUGGGCCAACUUGAAAUACAGUGGCCGCGGGUUCGAUGACCAGGCGGACUGGGAGGACUUUCAGAUGUGCUUCUCUGCCUCUACCUCCGGGCCCGGCACACCGCUACGUCCAGGCCUCAGGGUCAGCCAAAUCGGUCAUUCCGGAAGUCCGGGCCCUCUCGCGGUGGCUGCGGUAGGGUUCGCCGUUCAGGACGAGGCCACCCUUCGCGAGACGGAGUUCGACAUCCUGAUCAUCGUUCCGCCUCCGUCUCCGGACGACCCGCAAGAGAGGUCCGAGGAAACCGUUGUCCAUCGCUACCUCGAUCUCUACAAGAAGCAGGCCUGGGUGGAACUCCUCGGAGGGCUGGAAGCAGCCUGUCGACCGGUCUUCACGGCGAUCAAGACGGACGAGGCCAGAGACACUUUCGAGGCCGAAUUAACACACGGCUCCCGGCUUUUCCAGCUGGUUCCGGGGCCGGACGCAGACACGCCCGGAUUCGAACCGUUUCAGCCGGAGCUCGUGAGACUCGACUGGGGCCUGGUCAAGGAGGAUGUCCAAGACGUUCCGGUCUUCGCCUUGUCGGACGUCGAGCGGUUCCGCUCGUUGACGAAUCAGGUCCACGAAGUCACUAUCAACGGGCGGGCCUAUGUCUACAAGCUUGCCAGAGAUCCGCAAUUUGUCCGGGAGAUCUCGAUGUUGCGGAAGCUGGAAGCGUUGCGCAGGAAAGGACACACCACGCUCCGGGCCCCGAGGCUGGAAGGGCUCAUCGGCCUGGAUACGAUCUUCGAAGGGAUUCUCAUGACGUGCAUCCCGUCCUCCCGCAGUCUGGAUCGUCUGAUUCGAGAUGAUGGCGAGAUGAGCCUCGCCGACCGUCAGAAGUGGUAUGACCAGGUCUCCGCGGCCGUGCAGACUCUGCAUCAGGAGGGUCUCUGCUGGGGAGAUGUCAAGGCGGCAAAUGUGGUGAUCGAUGGCGUAGGCGACGCCUGGCUGAUCGAUUUCGAAGGCGGCGCCAGCUGGGGCUGGAUCGACAAGAAGUUGAAAGAUACCAUGGCUGGAGACUUGCAAGGCUUGAGCAAUCUUCACGAGGUAUUGGGCCUGAGAGCCUCCUGACUCGGUGCUGUGCUGCGGUCCUCCGCAUUCGAGAAGUACUUCUCUUGUUUCCCGUGCUUUGUUUCAGCUUUUCUUCUGUCUUGGCUAAAUCUGUACCAACUCCCCUGUCAUUUGUUUUCUCGUCUCUCUCUCUCUCUCUUUUUUUCGAUUCACUCACUUGCUUUCGGUUCCAAUUCAGUGCGCUUUUAGCCUACCUCUCGGGAAACAUUACCGUACUCAUCUCAAUCAAAGAUAUAAUUGCUAUGGGCGUCGCCAACAGACCUCCCUUGAAGAAAAUAGAAGAAAAAUUCACCAAGAUCAAAAACACCACCGUUCAUGCCGGUUCUACCAUUUGAUGCGCAUGUCCCGGCUCUGCCUGCUAUUCUUGAUUGGGGAUUAUCUCAACCCAAGCAGUCGGGGCAUAUUUAGCUACCGGUGUCUGUUAGCCAUUCGGAAUCCGAAAUGUUCCAUAUUAUGGUCUGGAUCCUUCUUUUUUUUUUUUUUUUGAAGUUC